UUUGCAAAUCUAGAGCGUGGCACCGAUAUGUUGGAUCUGCGCUGGUGCCGAAGAAAAACGCCUUGGCCCUGCGAAAUAGUCACAAACUCUUUGCUUCUGUGAUCUCAUUGCGACUCUUUAUGCCCCAAAGAUCCACUUACAAUGUGCAGGUUCAGGAGAGUGAGUGAGUGCAGCUGCACGAUCUAACAUGAACUUGGUGAAAAUAUAUUCGCGUUCGACGUGAAGCUUAAACAAGAGGUGUGGAUUCCGUUACAGGGAGUUUGUAAGAGAGCAACGUUGAAGUUGGAGAUGGCCGGCAUGGAUUUGUCCUGCGUGAUGGAUUCCGUGGAGAGGCACCAAUUACCCUCCAGGGAUUGCGCUCUUCCUUUGCUGUCGAAGUUUCUAGGUUACCUUAUCAUUGUCACCUCGGUAUUCCUUAAGGUGCCCCAAAUUUACGUGAUUGCGAAGAAUAAGAGCAUCAAGGGGUUGAGCGUGGCAUCCUUCGAGCUUGAAGUGGCGGGAUUCACGAUCGCUUUGGCCUACUGCUUGUUCAAGCAACUCCCCUUCUCCGCAUACGGUGAGCUUGUUUUCAUUUUAGCUCAGAGCAUUGUCUGCUUGGCCUUAGUCUACUACUACUCCCCCAACGAGGGCCCGUCCACUUGGGUGAAGACUGCGCUGUAUUGCGCACUAGUGCCCCCGCUGCUAAGAGGCAAGCUCGACGCCACUCUUUUCGAGGCGCUCUACGCAUGCCAACAUGCCAUUUUCUUCUUCUCUCGGAUGCCGCAGAUAUACGAGAACUUCCAGAACAAGAGCACGGGCCAGCUAAGCUUCACCACAAAUCUCAUGUCCUUAGUAGGCAUCGUGGUGCGCACCUUCACUAGCAUUCAGGAGAAUGCUCCGUUCAGCAUGCUAGUUGGUUGCUUGCUUGGUCUUCUAACAAACGGCAUCGUGGUAGCGCAAAUGGUUGCAUACGCACCGAAGUCAAAGUCUGGAGUGCUUGAAGCAGAACGCAAGACUGAGAAGAAGGAAUAGAUGUAUUUAUUCCGAGUGCUCUCCGUGUCCCUCAUAUGUUUCUCUUCGAGAUUCUGUGUCAUCAGGGACCUCAAUUUUUCGAACUUACUGAUAAGAAUUUUUUACCCUAUAGAGACAUGUUCUAGUGUAUAUUGCUGUGCAGGCUUAGUUAUUUUCGAAACCAUUGAUCCCAAGCUGCAAAAUGUAACGAAAGACUGGUGUUGACUGAGUUGGUUGUAUGACCUGUAGAGAAGUACUUCACUGAACCAAGGAGACAGUGUAGUUUUAGCGUUAUUCCUCCCAUGAUCCUUGUGUUGUGAAGGAUAGGUAUCUGAGGCCUUCAGAUAUUAUUUAGCCCUGGCGGUGCAUAUAAGCUUCUCUAUGGAGCAGUUUCAUUUUUGUUAACCACGUACGUUGUCCUAAAGAUUGCUGUAAACUCGUUGGUAAAGAUUGUUCAAGUAUGCAAACUGCGUUCA